GGAAUGGGCUUCGGGAGUGCGAUUCUGAGGUCAUUCGGCCAUUGAUUGAAAAUACAAUACAUCUCCAGCAUUUAGAUUUAUCUCACAACCAGUUAAGAGAAUGCGGAGGUGAGGUCAUAGGGGAAGCCCUUCUUUAUAACGAUACGAUGGAAUCCCUCGACCUCAGCUGGAAUCAUCUACGCAGAGACGGUGCUUGCUUUGUAGCUGAAGGACUCGGGGAAAACAUUUGCUUGAAGAAGUUAAAUCUUGCCUGGAACGGAUUUUAUUUGGACGGAUGUCGAGCGUUAGCAAAGGCGCUUGAAAUAAACAAGACGCUGACAGAACUUGAUCUCACGUGCAAUAGAAUAAGCAAGGAAUGUCUUGAAAAAUUAAUCGGUGGAUUAAGAAGAAAUACAACGUUAGAAAUAAUUCGUCUAGGGUGGAACCCUAUAACUCCAGCCGGUGCCAUGAUGAUGCUAGAGUUCCUAAGGGACAACAAAGCCUCUGGUAUCAAGGAACUAGAUCUUACGGAUCAACUGGUAGAACCAGCGUUUGUUGCCUUACUUGGGGAACUAGAAGCCAAACGAGAAGUUAAAGUUAUUUUUGGACAGGUCAAAGGUCAAGACACACGUGGAGAUGAUGAUGACGAGAAACAACUCAUGGAUGAGAAUCCUAUUAUUGUCCUCAUGGAAUUCGGUAAACUUAUGGGAUUUCGCCUCAUGGAUUUAUUUGCAGCAUUAGAUAAGGACGGCAGCAAAUCACUGGACCAUGACGAAAUAAGGACCGGACUAAGGAUGGUUAACAUUCCGUUAAGUGAUAAAUGUAUAGAGAUGCUUAUAAAUAAGUUGGACGUAGAUGGAGACGGCGAGAUUGACUUUGGAGAGCUAAUGGCCGCCCAGACAGAGCACAGAAAAAAGAUGAGUAAAUUUUAUGCUGCUCAAGAAGGCGAUGUUGACAUAGAAGAUACGGAGAUAGGUCGUGUAAGAAUCAAGCUGUCCCGACUUAUGGCAAAGAAGAUGUCCGGAAAUCCAGCUUUUAAACGACAGUCAAAGAUGUUAUUGGAACAGAUGGGUAUAUUAGACGAGGCUCCAUAAGGCCCAAAUACCGCCAAAACAGACGCCGAGGGAGGAGCAGUAAAAGACAGUUCAUCAUAUAAAAACUACCUCAUUAAAGCUGAGAUAUUUGAUAUACAUGUACAGUGUUUAAUAUGACAAAUUAAUAGAACGGUAAUAUACAGGAUCUCUUUCUGG